AGGAGGAGGAAGAGGAGGAGGAUCCGGUCCUCUAAGUACCCCAGUACUGUCUAACACUGUUGCUCUGAAGCUCAUGGGCGAGAGCGCGGAUGGCGUGCUACUACCUGGUGAUUAGCUCCACGCACCUCAGCAACGGACACCUCCGGAGUAUCAAGGGAGUUUUCCGCGGUCCGCUGUGCGCCAGCGGCGGCGCAGACUCUCCGCAGGACUAUGCUGAAAAGGAGAAAGCCAUAGCCAAAGCUCUGGAGGAUCUGAAGGCGAACUUCUAUUGUGAGCUUUGUGACAAACAGUACCACAAGCAUCAAGAAUUUGACAACCACAUCAACUCAUAUGACCAUGCACAUAAACAGGCAAGUUCAAAAAUGACUAACAAAUCGAAAAUCCUUAAUGUCCAAAGUUAUGUGGAUGCCUGACCAUUACACACAGUCUUUCAAAAAAC